CCCAAUUGAGACGCCCUGUCGAAAACUCAUUUCACUCAAAAAUUAAUCACUUCGGACUCAAAACCCAGCAACAAAAGAAGCCCCGAAAACUGUUCUCUUUUCUCCUCUAUCUGUAUCCCUCCCUCCCAGUUUGGCCUAUAGUCGUAUCCUUUUCCACUCUCUCUCUCUCUCUCUCUCUCUCUCUCUGCAAAUCAGCACAGUUUAGCGAAAGAGACUCAAACAAGUGUCCUCCUCUGCAAAAUAAUCAAACCGUAGGGUUUCGAAAACCCCCAAACCCCACUCCGAUUUUAAAUAAAUUCCAACCUAUCCUUACCCGUUAGGGUUCAUCUUUUCUUUAUCGAUCUUGUAUCUUCCUCAUUUGUAACCGUGUAUUGCAUUUAGAUAAGGUCUCGUUGUUCCUGGCCUCUGAUCGAUCGAUUUGCGAAUGGCUUCAUCUUCGUCUUCGUCAUUAACGGUUGCGAAUCGGGACGGGUCUUCUUCAGCUUCUGAGGAUGAAGCCGUCAUGUCCGUAACCCGUGCUUACGCGCAGGACGCCUUAUUGCAAUUCCAGUCAGGCAAGUUCGAUCAGUGCCUAACCGCCUUGUCCGAGUGCCUGAAGAUGAAGCCAAAUGAUCCCAAAAUAUUUCAUAAUAUCGGACUUGCGGAAUUCUACCGAGAUGGUUGCUCACAUCCUAAGAGGUUGCUUGAUGUACUUAAUGAUGUGAAGAAACGAAGUGAAGAGCUUGCUCGAGCAUCUGCAGAACAGGCGGAGUCUGGUAGCAAUAUUGGAGGGUCCAGAGGAAGUAGUACAAUGGGACAUCCCUUUUCUGCUGUUUACAUGGAUGAAUUUGACACAUAUGUUGCUACCUUAAACAUUGCAGUUAUCUGGUUCCAUCUUCACGAAUAUGCAAAGGCAUUGUCUGUCGUUGAACCUCUGUUUCAAAAUAGAGGACCUAUAGAUGAGAAAACUGCUCUUAAUAUUUGCCUUUUGUUGCUGGAUGUUGGGCUGGCUUGCCAUGAUGCAACGAAAUCUGCUGAUGUUUUGGUUUAUCUGGAAAAAGCUUUUGGUGUUAGCUGUAUGAAUCAAGGAGACAGUGGAAGCACUUUGUCGCAACAACCUGCAAACCCAGUUGCAAAGUCUCCAUCACUUCCUACCAAUUCAUCAGCCGCGGAUGGUCCCAAUUUGGAUUCAGAUGCAAAUGCCUUGGAGUCUGAGGAGACAGGCGAGUAUGAUGGUGCUGUUUUCGACAUGGAUGUAGCACAGCCAACUGCUCUUUUAUCUUCAAAUGAUCUUUCAAGGAACCCAGUUGACAUAUCUGUCUCUUCUGUUUAUCUGAAGCUUAAGAUGCAACUUUACAAGGUUCGGUUUCUGCUUCUCACUAGGAACUUAAAGCAAGCUAAACGUGAAGUGAAGCAUGCUAUGAAUAUUGCACGCGGGAGAGAUUCUUCUAUGGCUCUCCUCUUGAAGUCCCAGCUUGAAUAUGCUCGUGGUAAUUAUCGUAAAGCCAUCAAGUUGUUGAUGGCAUCUAGUAAUCGGACAGAUGCAAGGAUAUCAAGCAUGAUCAACAAUAAUCUAGGAUGCAUUUAUUAUCAGCUUGGGAAAUAUCACACAGCAUCAGUAUUCUUCUCCAACGCGUUGCUUAAUUGUUCAUCUCUUCGGAAGGACAGGCCUCUAAAUCUGUUAACUUUUUCACAGGACAAUUCCCUCCUAAUUAUAUAUAACUCUGGUAUGCAGUACUUGGCCUGCGGGAGCAAGCGGUUUUUCACUUGGAAUCUUCCGCAAGGUAUGCAGUACCUUAUUCCGAAUAUAUAUUAA